AUGGGGCUGGCAGAUGUCUGUCCACGGCGUGUGGUUGAGAGAUGUCUGGUCUCCACACGUGCCUUUCACCGCGGGAAGGGUUGCCCUGUCUGUCUGGGUGUUGCCGUUUCUGAACUCUGCCUCCUGUGUCCCUCCCAGGCCAUCAGCAUCAGUAAGGCCAUCAACACCCAGGAGGCCCCCGUGAAGGAGAAGCAUGCCCGGCGCAUCAUUCUGGGCACUCACCAUGAAAAGGGGGCCUUCACCUUCUGGUCCUAUGCCAUCGGCCUGCCGCUUCCCAGCAGCUCCAUCCUCAGCUGGAAAUUCUGCCAUGUCCUCCACAAGGUCCUUCGAGAUGGGCACCCCAACGUCCUGCAUGACUGCCAGCGGUACCGGAGCAACAUCCGGGAGAUUGGGGAGCUAUGGGGCCAUUUGCACGAUCGGUACGGACAGCUGGUCAAUGUUUACACCAAACUCCUGCUGACCAAGAUCUCCUUCCACCUCAAGCACCCCCAGUUUCCUGCGGGCCUCGAGGUGACAGACGAGGUGUUGGAGAAGGCAGCUGGGACUGACAUCAACGACAUCUUCCAGCUCACCGUGGAGAUGUUCGAUUAUAUGGACUGCGAGCUGAAACUGUCUGAAUCAGUCUUUCGGCAGCUCAACACAGCCAUCGCCGUGUCCCAGAUGUCUUCAGGCCAGUGCCGCCUGGCCCCCCUCAUCCAGGUCAUCCAGGACUGCAGCCACCUCUACCACUACACGGUCAAGCUCAUGUUCAGGCUGCACUCUUGUCUCCCAGCAGACACCCUGCAAGGCCACAGGGACCGGUUCCACGAGCAGUUUCACAGCCUCAGGAACUUCUUCCGCAGAGCGUCCGACAUGCUCUACUUCAAGCGCCUCAUCCAGAUCCCCCGACUGCCCGAGGGACCCCCCAACUUCCUGCGGGCCUCAGCGCUGGCUGAGCACAUCAAGCCAGUGGUGGUGAUCCCCGAGGAGGCUCCCGAGGACGAGGAGCCCGAGAACCUCAUUGAGAUCAGCACGGCCCCCCCUGCCGGGGAGCCAGCGGUGGUGGCCGACCUUUUUGACCAGACAUUUGGACCCCCCAAUGGCUCCAUGAAGGAUGACAGGGACCUCCAGAUCGAGACCUUGAAGAGAGAGGUGGAGACACUCCGGGCCGAGCUGGAGAAGAUCAGGCUGGAGGCCCAGCGGUACAUCUCCCAGCUGAAGGGCCAGGUGAACACGUUGGAGGCCGAGCUGGAGGAGCAGCGGAAGCAGAAGCAGAAGGCGCUGGUGGACAACGAGCAGCUCCGCCAUGAGCUGGCCCAGCUGCGGGCGGCCCAGCUGGAGGGCGAGCGGAACCAGGGCCUGCGCGAAGAGGCCGAGAAGAAGGCCAGUGUCACGGAGGCGCGCUACACCAAGCUGAAGGAGCAGCACAGCAAGCUCAUCGCCACACACGCCGAGCUGCUCAGGAAGAAUGCAGACACGGCCAAGCAGCUGACGGCCAAGCAGCAGAACCAGGAGGAGGUGGCACGAGUGAAGGAGCAGCUGGUGUUCCAGAUGGAGCAGGUGAAGCGGGAGUCCGAGAUGAAGCUGGAGGAGCAGAGUGACCAGUUAGAGAAGCUCAGGAGGGAGCUGGAGGCCAAGUCCGGGGAGCUGGUGCGCGUGCAGCAGGACCUGAGCCGCACGGAGCAGAGCGGGUCGGAGCUGAGUUCACGGCUGGAUGUGCUGAGUGCAGAGAAGGAGGCGCUGAGCAGUGCUGUGCGGCAGCAGGAGGCUGACCUGCAGGCCGCCCAGAGCCUGGUGCAGGAGAAGGAGGCAGCGCUCAGCCAGGAGCAGCAGCGCCAUUCCCAGGAGAGGGCCGAGCUGCAGGGGCGGCUGGCAGACAAGGAGUCUCGGGAGCAGGGGCUGCAGCAGAGGCUCCUGGACGAGCAGUUCGAGGUGCUGCGGCGCUCUGCCGCCGAGGCCGAGCGCAUCCUGCAGGACGCCGUGGGCAAGCUGGACGACCCCCUGCACCUGCGCUGCACCAGCUCCCCAGACUACCUAGUGAGCAGGGCCCAGGUGGCCCUGGACGCCGUGAGCGCCCUGGAGACGGGCCACGCACAGUACCUGACCUCCAGAUCAGAUGCUUCUGCCCUGGUGGCAGCCCUGACCCAGUUCUCGCACCUGGCUGCGGACACCAUCAUCAACGGCAGUGCCACCUCUCACCUGGCCCCCACCGACCCUGCUGACCGCCUGAUCGACGCCUGCCGGGAGUGUGGGGCCCGGGCGCUGGAGCUCGUGGGGCAGCUGCAGGAUCAGCAGGCUGUGCAGCAGGCCCAGCCCGACCGGGUGCGGAGCCCCCUGCAGGCCAUCCUCCAGCUGGGCCAGGAGCUGAAGCCCAAGAGCCUGGACGUGCGUCAGGAGGAGCUGGGGGCCCUGGUGGACAAGGAGAUGGCAGCCACGUCCUCGGCCAUCGAGGAGGCCGUGCGGAGGAUCGAGGACAUGAUGAACCAGGCCCGCCACGCCAGCUCAGGGGUGAAACUGGAGGUGAAUGAGAGGAUCCUCAAGUCCUGCACAGACCUCAUGAAGGCCAUCCGGCUCCUGGUGACCACCUCCACCAGCCUGCAGAAGGAGAUUGUGGAGAGCGGCAGGGGGGCAGCCACGCAGCAGGAAUUUUACGCCAAGAACUCAAGGUGGACUGAAGGCCUCAUCUCCGCCUCCAAGGCCGUCGGCUGGGGAGCCACGCAGCUGGUGGAGUCGGCUGACAAGGUGGUGCUUCACACGGGCAAGUACGAAGAGCUCAUCGUCUGCUCCCACGAGAUUGCGGCCAGCACGGCCCAGCUGGUGGCAGCCUCCAAGGUGAAGGCCAACAAGGACAGCCGCCACCUGAGCCGCCUGCAGGAGUGCUCCCGCACCGUCAACGUGAUGGCCGCCAACGUGGUGGCCUCCACUAAGUCGGGCCAAGAGCAGAUCGAAGAGAGAGACACCAUGGACUUCUCUGGCAUGUCCCUCAUCAAGCUGAAGAAGCAGGAGAUGGAGACCCAGGUUCGGGUCCUGGAGCUGGAGAAGACGCUGGAGGCGGAGCGUGUGCGGCUGGGAGAGCUUCGGAAGCAACACUAUGCACUGGCUGUGGGGGUGGGGACGCCUGGAGAGGAGGAGCCUGGCCAGCCCAGCACUGCCCCCCACAGCGGGACCUCCAGGAAGCCACCCCUGGCCCAGAAGCCCAGUGUGGCCCCCAGGCAGGACCACCAGCUGGACAAAAAGGAUGGCGUCUGCCCUGCUCAACUCAUGAACUCCUAGGCUUCGAGGGGUCCAGCGGGAGCCUGACAGGCGGCCUGGGCCUCACGUGGCUACCGUGACUCGGCUAAGGAGGCAUUGAGGGGCGCGGCGCGCACACCAGGUGGCCGGGCCUGCCCACGGCCUGGGUCAGUGUCCGCGAGGCCCCAGCCCUUGCUGAGCCCCUGGAUCUGGGCCGAGCGGGGCUGACAGGGCAGUUCUCCUGGAUGUGAGUUACCUACCUGCCAUGGGACCGAGAGCAUCCAGGCUCAGCAGGCUGGAGCCACGGUUCAGGAAAUACACAGACAUUUGUAUGUUCCCAGCUAGAGCUUUUCCUUGUGAGUUUGUAUUCGGCGCGCUGGGAGCAGGGCCGUGGGGGUGGGGUGGGCAGGGCCUCCCCUGCCUUUUGGACUCGAGGUCUGAGGUGAGAGGUGAGCAGAACACAGUGCUGGCUGUCGGGACUGCGUGAGUCUCCCUGGGUUUUGGUCUCUGGGACACUGAUUCCAUGGAGAUGGGACUUAGGCAAAGCAGGACUGGGACAGCGCCCUUUCUCCUCGGGCCUCGCUCUCGGGCACCAGUGAUGGGGCUGCUGAGGAGGACGUGGUCUGGGGGGAGAGGUGGGCCGGGUUCUGCCGUGGGCCAGGCAGGGCUGACAGCCCCAUGCCUGCUGGGCACAGGUGCUGCCCUCGCUCCUGGAGUCUGUUCCCGCUGAAAUCCGGUGGCCGCCCGCUUCCUGUUUUUCAUUCCUCUCUGGCCGCCCCUGCCCUGGAGGCCCAGCUCUGGGCUCUGCCCACCUCCACCUCCCGGGCCACGAGGUUUCCAGCUCAGCCAGAAAGAGCCCAGAACCAUAGCCCUGCCACCAUCCUCCGGACCAAGGGAGCCUCGUGCUCCACAGAAGAGGGCAGCCCCAGUCCGCCCGGUGCUGAAGCCCAGCGUGGCCUCCCUGCCCGCUGAAGGAGGACUCGGAAGAACUGCAUUGCUGAGACCCCCUUGGGGAGUGGUUGGGUGGGGUGGGGCCCUGGCUGUGGGGAAGGGACCGGUCCUGUGAGGACCACCCCCUGCGUCCAGUACCCACUGUGUCGGGAUGAGCACAAGGAUCCAGUUCUGGGCUUAGAGUUCAGUGUUUCCUUGGAUUGGGGUCCAAUUGGCAAUAAAAUGCACUUUGACUGUG